AUGGAAAUGGCGGAAUUUUCUUGCAUUGUGCCAACUGUCUUAGACCUUCUUCCGCUAUGUCGAGCAAAAACUGACAUUGUGGAAUUUAAAGAUGCUUUUAAUUUGAUCAAACAAAUUUUUGACAGGCCUGGUACCCUAGAGCUACCCGCUGCUCGACUAGAAUUUAUAAUAGAACAAUAUGACUCCUGGAGAGAGAUUUGGAGAGAUGAAGAAGGGAGACCCGAUUUGGGAUUCGAAGCGUUUGCUACCUCUUUUCCGCUAGCCGGUAGAAAGGUCCUUGAUCAAGCAGCUUUGAUUGCUCUGGUAUUAUGCGAUACUCACGGUUUAGAAUUCAAGUAUGGUAUAAAGGCGAGCCAGGUUAUGAAACGUGAAGCCGAAGACCUCUAUAUAUUCCGGCUAGAGGAUGGAAUUCAACUUACUCCCGAGACGCAGGGGAAUUUUCUUGAAAGAUGUGCAGCUAAUCUAUCCUAUAUCAAACGAUGCAAGUUUAUGCUCAGGAAAAAAGGAUCUCCCUGGAUAGGCCUCAUUGAUCUUCUUAGAGGUUAUAUUGAGAUAAUUACCUCGAUUGGUCCCAAGUCAGACAUCGACCGACUGUUAAGAGGAGAGCUGGAUAUUGUUCGGAAGAUGCAACUUCCCCAACUUCAUCGACUCUCAGAAGCAGCAGAUUAUGAGAUGAGACAUUCCUAUCCUGAGAGUGAUUCUGUGAGACGAUAUCACGAGAUCAGUCUAGCUGCAAAAUUCAGAGCAGCUGUAAAAUUUGAGGCAUUAAAGAACACCUACAAGUUCACACUGUGUGACUUUCUUCUAGAUCCUUCUUAUGCAAUAUCGUCCCCUUGCUCGACCAUGGCACUUUUAUUCGACUAUCCUGUCCGGAAAGAGCACCGUAUUGUACUUAUUGAAUGGGCGGAUGAUUUAGGUACCGACCAAGAAUACUAUGCGCGCGCUAAAGCUCAUAUGCUUGAAUCACCAAAACCAGAUGUACUCCUACUUCCAGGAUGUUAUGGAAUUGUCGAGGACCCUAUUCGUCGUCGUUUCGGUCUAGUACUUGCCACACCGUCACACAUCCGUUAUAAUCAAGCCCAGAUCCGCCCCGCCGACGCGAUCUCCCCAAGCUGCAUGCCUUUUUCUCUGCGUGAGCUAUUAGAAAGACGCCAUUCUUUUUGCGUGUACAUUUUAGAUCUUGGCACGCGAAUUUCCCUCGCCAAAAAACUUAUCGCUGCUGUCCACGCAAUGCAUUGUGUUGGGUGGGUACAUGAAAACCUGCGCUCAUCCUGCAUUCUUUUCUUUCCUUCGCAAAAUCAAACCGGUCACCCACAUCCAAUCGACUAUGAUUGUCCAGUACUCCUUGGUCUUUGUGGACCACAUGAUGAGUAUUCAGAUGCUUACCGUCCUAACUCACAUGACCUAUAUUCAGAUGGCUCUGCGUCGGAGUCCGAUGUCUGGAUUGACUCUCAUAUUGAACGACGCGAUAUCCAACGACGAGAUCUUCAAAGGCGCGAGGUGCGUCCUUCCCCAAAGUCUAACUCAAACAACUAUUAUGCACAUCCCGACAAGCGCUGGAAUCCAGCUGUCAGAUAUAGUCGAGCUCAUGAUAUUUACAGCCUCGGCUGCUUACUUUUGGAGAUUGGACUUUGGGAGCCUCUUGAGCAGGUCACAGAUGUCUUGGAUCGAGAUUACGACAGAGUUAAGAGGGCACUCCAAGAGGCAACUUUAAGACUUGACGGGAUGACAGGAUCUAUCUAUGCCAAUGUUGUUCGUCGCUGCCUUGCCAUCAACACAGGUCAACGCACUGAAAAUGAAACACGCUUCUUGUGGAAAUUUUGUGCCGAUAUAGUAUCAACCCUUGAUGUUUGUGUAGUAUAA